AUGGCUCCCCAACGUGCUUUGAUGCUCGGCUCCGGCUUCGUUACCAAGCCCACGCUCGACAUUCUCUCCGAUGCUGGUGUUGAGGUUUCCGUUGCAUGCCGAACUCUCGAAAGCGCAAAGAAGCUCUCCGCCGGCGUCAAGCUGGCCAUUCCCAUCUCCCUCGACGUCAACGACGAAAAGGCCCUCGAUGCUGCUGUUGCCCAGCACGAUCUGGUCAUCAGCUUGAUCCCCUACACCUACCACGCCGCCGUCAUCAAGUCCGCCAUCCGAAACAAGAAGAAUGUCGUCACCACCAGCUACGUCUCUCCGGCCAUGAUGGAGCUUGACCAGCAGGCCAAGGACGCCGGCAUCACCGUCAUGAACGAGAUUGGCCUUGACCCCGGUAUCGACCACCUCAGCGCCGUCGACACCAUCUCCAGCGUUCACGCUGCCGGCGGCAAAAUCCUCAGCUUCAAGAGCUUUUGUGGCGGACUUCCGGCACCUGAAGACUCAGAUAACCCUCUUGGAUACAAGUUCUCCUGGUCAUCCCGAGGUGUUCUGCUCGCCCUGCGAAACGCUGCUACCUUUUACGAGGACGGCAAGCUCGUCAACGUUGCCGGUCCUGACUUGAUGGCAACUGCUAAGCCUUACCACAUCUACCCUGGCUAUGCUUUCGUCGCUUACCCCAACCGCGACUCAAGCGUCUACAAGGAGCGCUACAACAUCCCCGAGGCACAGACCAUUAUCCGUGGAACUCUGAGAUAUGCCGGCUUCCCCGAAUUUAUCAAGGUUCUCGUGGACACUGGUUUCCUCAGCGACGAUGAGCAGGACUACUUCAAGCAGCCCAUUGCUUGGAAGGAGGCUACCCAGAAGCUCCUCAACGCCCCCUCAUCUAGUGAAACCGACCUCAUUGCUGCCGUCUCAUCCAAGGCGACAUUCAAGGAUGCCGAGGAGAAGGCUCGCUUGAUCUCUGGUCUCAAGUGGAUCGGUAUCUUCUCUGAUGCCACCAUCACCCCCCGCGGAAACCCCCUCGACACCCUCUGCGCCACCCUCGAAGAGAAGAUGCAGUACGAGGAGGGCGAGCGCGACUUUGUCAUGCUCCAGCACAAGUUCGAAAUCGAGAACAAGGACGGCAGCCGCGAGACCAGAACCUCUACCCUCGCCGAUUAUGGCGCCCCCAUUGGCUCAGGCGGCUACAGCUCAAUGGCUAAGCUGGUUGGAAUUCCCGCCAAGCAGAUCCUCGAUGGAACCCUGUCCGAGAAGGGUGUUGUUGCGCCCAUGACCGCCAAGAUCAACGACCCGUUAAUUAAGGAGUUGGCCAAGUACGGUAUCGCAUUCAAGGAGAAGGUUAUCAAGCACAGUGCCUAA